AUGGGGAACCUACUGGCCUGCUGUGAUCUGCUGUCCCUGAAUAGUGACACUGUGCCGCUGUCCACGACGACGCUCCACUGGACAGCCAAGCAGGGCCGCGUGGAAGCGGUGGACAUGAUGGUUCGCGCUGGCGUGAACGUCAACAUCGGAUUGGUGAGCGAUCGCCGCGGUGACAGGUGGUGUCAGGCUGUGCAGACCGACGGUUCACCACUCGACAUGCAAGCCAGUGCGCGCGCUGAGUCGCUGAUGGCCCAGAAUACCUGUGCACGGCAGGCGAUCUCGCGGGUGAGCAGAGAGGAGCUGGAAGACCGGUUCCUACAGCUCCAUGAGGAUAACCUGCUCCACAAACAACACACCCAGAAACAGGAAGACAAAAUCAAGAGGAUGGCCACCAAGCUGGUGCACUUGGUGAAGGACCGUUGGCGGUUGGAGCAAAUAUCUGCAGGCGUGGUGCAUCCAGGGGGCUGGGACGUGGAGCUAGAGGAGAUGAUGGAGGAGCUGCAGGAGAAGGUCCAGGAGCUGCAGAUGCAGAAUGWGGCCCUGAAGCAGUGUCUGCUGGCCGCCAAACAGCACCUGCAGACGCAGAGCAAACAAACCACCCCCUACGGCCAUGUCCAAUCACGCGUCAACACGGGCCUGCGGAGGCUGAGGGAGGACACGGUCACACCCCCCACUGCUCCCAGAGGACCCAGGAGUGUGGAGGUGGAGGUGAGUGGCAGGCCCCCCCAGGGUCUACUGCCCAAAUAUGGACACAGUCUGCUGGACGACACCAGAGCUGAGAUCCGGAACCUUGAGAAUGUGAUCGAGACUGAACGGUCUCACAUAGAGGAUAUGGACAGAGCAGCAGAGCUGCUGAGAGACCAGCUGAGGAGGAAAGAGAGAGGGUCUACUAUCAAGGACAAGGUGGAGAUGAUCCGGCUGCAGAAACAGCUAGUUGAGAAGGGCAACGCAUUCACUGUGCUCGAGGGCAGAUUCCUACAACUCCAAGAGAAUCAGUGGACCCCGAAGGCCAGUCAUGAAGCUGUGAUGGCCAAGAUGGACGAGCUCACGGGCCAUCUGAAAGACGAGCAAGUGAGGAGUCUUGGCCUGGAGAGCCAACUACAGGCCAACUCAUUCUCACAGAGGAGUUGCAGGAGCGAAUCCAUGACCUGGAGAAGGAGAGAGAGCUGCUAAAGGAGAACUGUGAUAAACUAAUGAACAGGUGAGGGAUUUGACUCCACGUUUG